AUGUCUUCUUCAUCGAGCGAAAGCGCCGGGGCUGUAGCCAACCGCAAGAUCCACGAUGCACUGCCCGCCGCUGUGGCCGACAAGAUCCCCCACAUACCCGAGUCGAAGGAGGAAUUGAAGGCAGAGAUCAAGGCCGAGGCAAAGGCUGCUACGAGCUCCGGCCUGUCGCAGCUGCGCUCUUUCGCAGCCGGCGGUUUUGGUGGUAUCUGCGCCGUUGUCGUCGGCCAUCCCUUUGACCUCGUCAAGGUCCGCCUGCAGACCGCCGAGAAGGGCGUGUACUCGUCUGCCAUUGAUGUCGUACGGAAGAGCGUGGCCAAGGAUGGCCUGCGGAGAGGACUGUAUGCCGGCGUGAGCGCGCCGCUGGUCGGCGUUACACCCAUGUUCGCCGUGUCCUUCUGGGGCUACGAUCUCGGCAAGCAGCUCGUCCAGGGCGUCUCCGCGCCGAACCCGGACGGCUCGCUGUCCAUCGGCCAGAUCUCCGCCGCCGGCUUCUUCUCCGCCAUCCCCAUGACGGCCAUCACCGCGCCCUUCGAGCGCGUCAAGGUCAUCCUGCAGGUCCAGGGCCAGAAGACGCUCGCCCCCGGCGAGAAGCCCAAGUACAACGGCGGCGUCGACGUCGUGCGCCAGCUGUACAAGGAGGGCGGCGUGCGCUCCGUCUUCCGCGGCUCCGCGGCCACCCUCGCCCGCGACGGCCCCGGCUCCGCGGCCUACUUUGCCGCGUACGAGUACAUCAAGCGCAAGCUGACGCCCCGCGACCCGGCGACUGGCAAGCCAUCGGGCCAGCUGAGCUUGAUGGCUGUGACGUGUGCUGGUGCUGCGGCCGGUGUGGCCAUGUGGAUCCCGGUCUUCCCUGUUGACACGGUCAAGAGCAGGCUGCAGACGGCCGAGGGCAACGUGACUCUCGGCGGUGUCGUGCGCGAGCUGUACGGCAAGGGCGGCGUCAAGGCCUUCUUCCCUGGCUUCGGCCCCGCUCUGGCAAGAGCAGUGCCUGCCAACGCGGCCACGUUCUUGGGCGUGGAGCUGGCGCACCAGGCUAUGAACAAGGUGUUCGGUUGA